UCCUGCUUUUGUUUUUGUUUUUGUUUUUGUUCCUCAGUAUGAUUUUCAAUGAACAUGUUUUGACCACACUUCCAAGAACCAGCAGCUGCAACAGUACCAAAAGAUUAAUAAUCCCAUUAACCUACAAAACAUCCUCCCUCCCUCUCCUCCCCCAUGAUCGCCACCGCCGGAGUUCCUCACUCACAAUCGCCGCCGGAGUUACUUCCUUCCUCCGAUCAAUCAUAACCCUCAUUUCCCUCCCCUUAAUGCCCUCUUUCAAAAUCAUCUCAACCACCUGCCGCUGGCUUACAAUCUCCACCAUAACUCCUACCUCCCUCCGCCGCCAAGUCACCGGAACCCUAUUCGGCAACAGACGUGGCCUUGUCAGUUUCGCUAUCCAAUUCGACCCGAGAUCCCAACCCGUAUUCGUAAUCGAAUUCGCCGUCACCACCUCUGCCCUCGUCAAGGAGAUGUCAUCCGGUUUCGUCCGAAUCGCGUUGGAAUCCGAGAAACCUGAUCAAUUGGGUAAACGGGUCAGAUCCGGAAAGCUAUUCGGUGAACCCCUUUGGACAAUGUACUGUAACGGGAAGAAAUGCGGCUCCGCCAUUAGCAGGGAAUGGACCGAGUCGGAUUGGCACGUCCUGAGCACGGUCAAGAGUGUGUCGGUCGGGGCUGGAGUUAUUCCGGUUUUGGAUAACGGGUACAAGAAAGGAAACCAGUUGCCCGAGGGAGAACUGCUUUAUAUGCGGGCCAAGUUCGAACGGGUCGUCUGCAAUCGAGAUUCUGAAGCUUUCUACAUGCUCAACCCGGAUGGCAAUGCUGGACCCGAACUUGGCAUCUUUCUUCUCAGAAUAUAAUAAUAAUAAUAAACAAUUAAAAUAAAAUACACA